AUGUCCGCGUUCGCCGUCGCGUCCUCGGCCGCGCGCGCCGCGCCGCCGCGCCGCGCCGCCGCCGCCGCCGCCGCGAAGCCUCGCGGCGCGAGCGCCGUCGUCAAGCCUCUCGGCGGCGCGCGGCGAUCGGCCGUCGCGACGCGCGCGAAGGACGACUUCCAACCGGAGACGGACCUCGAGCUGAGCGACCUCACCGCCAUCUCACCCAUCGACGGGAGGUACGGCGCGAAGGUGAAGGUGCUGAGGGCGUGCUUCUCCGAGUACGCGCUCGUUCGCGCGCGCGUCAUCGUCGAGGUGCGAUGGCUUCAAAAGCUCGCGUCCAUCCCGCAGAUCGCCGAGGUGCCCCCUCUCAGCGACGAGGCGAACCAAUUCCUCGAGGACUUCCUCGCGAACUUCUCCCCCGCGGACGCCGCGGAGGUCAAGAAGGUGGAGCGAACGACGAACCACGACGUCAAGGCGGUCGAGUACGUCAUCAAAGACCGGAUCGCUUCGAACCCGGAGCUCCACGCCGUCACCGAGUUCGUCCACUUCGCGUGCACGUCCGAGGACAUCAACAACCUCUCCCACGCGCUCAUGCUGCGCUCCGGGAUCGCCGCGACGACGCCGCUGAUGGACGACAUCAUCUCGAAGAUCGCGGAGAUGGCGGAGACGGAGGCGGCGACGCCGAUGAUGAGCCGGACGCACGGGCAGCCCGCGUCGCCGACGACGCUCGGGAAGGAGUUCGCCAACGUCGCGUACAGGCGCGUUCUAGUAUCACACCGGCUCGCGCGGCAGCGGAAACAGGUGGACGCGGUGCCGCUGUACGGCAAGAUGGCCGGCGCGGUGGGGUGUUACAACGCGCACAUGUCCGCGUACCCGGACGUGGACUGGCAGAAGGUCGCGGAGGAGUUCGUGACGGAUUUGGGUCUGACGUGGCAGCCGUACGUGACGCAGAUCGAGCCGCACGAUUACAUGGCGGAGCUCUUCUCUGCGGUGUCGCGGUUUAACACCAUCGUCCUGGACCUCGAUCGAGACAUCUGGAGUUACAUCUCCAUCGGGUACUUCAAGCAGAAGACGAUCGCGGGCGAGGUCGGCAGCAGCACGAUGCCGCACAAGGUAAACCCGAUCGACUUCGAGAACAGCGAGGGGAACGUCGGACUCGCGAACGCGAUGUUCGAACACCUGGGCGCCAAGCUCCCGGUGUCGCGGUGGCAGCGCGACCUCACCGACUCCACGGUGUUGCGCAACCUCGGCACCGGGUUCGGGUACUCCAUGAUCGCGUACCAGAGCACGCUGCGGGGUUUAUCGAAGCUCGAGACGAACGCGGACGCGAUGGCGGCGGAUUUGGACCGGAACUGGGAGGUGCUCGCGGAGCCGAUUCAGACGGUGAUGCGCAGGCACGGAGUGGAGAAGCCGUACGAGAAGCUCAAGGAGCUGACGCGCGGGCGACGCGUCGACCGCGACGGGAUGCGCGAGUUCGUGGAGACGCUGGAGAUCCCGGACGAGUCCAAGGCGCGGUUGAUGGAUCUCACCCCGGCGACGUACAUCGGAAACGCGGUCGCGCAGGCGAAGGACAUCCUCGCGCGAGUCAAGGCGCUGUGA